UCUUCUUGCACCGGUGCUUUACGCGUAUUCCUGACAUGGUUGUAUCUUCUUCCGAGUCAUCUCCCUUCCUAGAGCAGGUUGAGCAGUCAUUCUACACCAACAUGGUGCUCCUUGGCUUCAGAGCGGACCCUGUCUUCCGAGAGCUCGGGUACACCGUUUCCCCCUCUAUGUUUCAAGCGCCGAACAUGAAGGGUAUGGAGGGCGUGUUGUACUUUUUGCUGACCAAAAUUCGUCCGGAAUUGAAACAGGAGUGGAGAGCCAUAUGGCCGAUUCUAGACAAAAAGCAAGCGAGGGAAUUCAAAGAGAGCGCCCACAAGGUUCUCUUGGAGCUGGAGAAGCAGGGUUGCUUUCCAACGGCGACAAUUCGAUUCUUUCACCUGCACAGCUGCAGCGGCGAAAAGUUUUGUCAUAUGGUUUGGAAUCUUUCUACACACGCGCUGUGUUCUCAGUCGCCAGGCGCGGAGGCAUGCCCGAAGUUGAGAGGGGUGCCGCCCGCGUCGGCUUUGAACGCGACUCAGAUGGAGGCGCAAAAGCGCGCGCUGGGCCUGGGCAUCUACUUGACGAGCAUGGAGAGUCUGGAGGUGGCGCGUCGCAUAUCUGAGAGCGAGAAGGUGUGGAAGUCUACGGCGCGAGAGCUAGAAGAGGACUAUCGUCGGGUGCAGUCGGAGCUGUCGCUAAUCAGGUCAAAGCACCGAGAAUUGGAAAAGCUGUUAGAAAACGAGAAGGGGGUAGAACACGUGGAAAAAGACGUCGAGUCCAACUGGGACUCUAUAUUGGACUUCUUCGAAUCCACGAAGGCGCAACGAGGAAUGAUAAAAGAUGUUCUAAAUAGAAAAUCUAGUACAAUUGUUAUACAAGGCAGUCAGUUCUGCGAAGACGAUUGCAAGGACCGAAAUGAGCCAGGGUCUCUUGGUUCCGGCGAAGUCGAUUUGAAAGCCGUAUUGAAUCGUUGGAUCGAUUCCGCUCAUCCCCUUUUGACCGAGCUCAAUCGUGUAUAUAGCCUCUCUUCUGAAUCUAAAUUUGAAUGGCUGAAAAAAAAAAAAACUGAGCCCUCAAGUGCUUCUGAUCAGAAUGCGCUUGACCAACUUCUCGCUAGUUUGGAUGGCAUGCUCGUCCAGCAUGGGCAUCACCUGAAUCACACUCGCUCAUUGAUUGAGCAGCUAGAGCUCGAAUUGGCGUCAGACGACGCUAUCAUUUCCCGGCUGGAAGCCGAUCUUGUCGCGCCUCCCCCGCCCCCUCCUCAACUCCACGAGAAGCGCGUUUCGAACGCGUCUCAAAGCCGCCCUGUUCCAAAAUGCGACCCUCCCCCUCUGAACUGCGACGCGCUUGUAUCGAGCUAUUCAAAUCACAUCCGAGCAAAAACGAACUCGCGCCCUACAACGCCUCUUCUAGACGCGAACGCCGACCGCCAUCCUCUCUUCGACUGGACGGGCCUUUCUUCGUCUGCCUCGCCCCUGGACCUGCUGCUGUCUCCCGACACCGCUCGCAGCCUCCAAAGUACAUAAAUCCCUGUGUUAUAAAUAUUUAUAUACAAACAGUGCGUUUUUCA